GAAGUUCAGUCAAGAAAAAGUGGUCACAAGUUAAGUUUAUAAUAAAAUUAUCAGCCAAAAAGAAAAUGGAAGGUUUUGAGGAAGAUCCAGCGGCUGCCUUUUUGGCCAGGGAGCAGGACGAGUUAGCAGGCAUCGCUGCCGACACCCUGGGUAUGGAAACCAGCACGACAAGGGCAGAGGAUGGGCAACCUCCAGAACAGCCAGAACAGCUAGACUUCUUCUCAACAGAGCCUGAGAUACCAUCAGGCUCAGAGUAUGAGCAGCCUGCCCCUCAGGACUCGUACUCGGCUCCUCAAGACUUUUACUCCGGCUCUCAGGACCCUUACUCUGCAGUCUCAAACAUGGACACAGUCACUGCUGUACCUGAGUGCAUAAAGCAAUGGCGUGAGGAGCAAGAACAGCGUCUCUCCGAGAAGGACACAGAAGAGACCAAUGCUCUAGAGGAGCUGCAAAACCAGGCCAAGACUGAACUGGAGGAGUGGUACAACAGACACGAAGAGCAGCUCAACCAGACCAAGGGUCUCAAUAGACAAGCAGAGAAUGUGUUUAUUGAGGAGAGAGACGAAGACGUGCCUGGUCAUGAGUGGGAGAGGGUGGCCCGUCUUUGUGACUUCAGCUCUAAGACAAGCAAGAACACCAAAGACGUCUCCCGUAUGAGGUCCAUCUUCCUUCAGCUCAAGCAGACCCCUCUAGUUAGAGAGUAACUGGCAUAUAACGUUCUGGGGAGUUAGUGCAAUAGUCUGUCUCUAGAUUGUAUUAGGCGUUUUGUUGGAGAGUUUUUACUGUAUCUGUGAUCACUGUGUUCAGUGAGGGUAUGUAUAAUUAUGAAUAUUAUUAUGGCA